AUGAUCAAGGACAACAAGGAGAACAAAGAAAUGGCUCCUCUGAUGGGCAAGAAACCGAACCCGCCUGGGACUCCUUCCCCAGAGAAGAGGUCGGCUGAAAGCACACCCCCCAAGAAAAGUUCCCACUUUUUUCUCGAGAUUGAAGGCUUGGAGAGUAACGUCACUCCGAAUCGGACCUCGCCGCCAGUUUUCUCGAAACCGAUGGACUCCAACAUCCGCCCAUGCGCGUCUGCAAAUUGUGAAGAUAUGGAUUCUCCCCAGUCUCUCCAAGAUGAUAUGACUGAAUAUACCGCAAAUGCAGACAGCUGUUUCACCAAUUUAUCUCAAAGCGCUCAUCAAAACACUCGGCGCAAAAAGCUGAAGAAGUACUUGUUCAGGGCCGUGUCAGAGGGCAACGUCGAAGAACUCCAGCGCCUCCUUGCUGAAGUGAAGGAUCGGUCCCAUGCAUGCAGGAACCUGACUGUCCAAGACUACCUGAUGAAAAAAAUGACCUCCUCAGACACAGGCAAGACCUGCCUUAUGAAAGCAUUAUUAAACAUCAACCAGAACACAAAGGAGAUUGUGAAUAUUCUCCUUUCCUUUGCAGAGGAAACCCAAAUUUUGGAAAGGCUUAUUAAUGCAGCGUACACAGAAGAGGCGUACAGAGGGCAGACAGCAUUAAACAUCGCUAUCGAAAGAAGGCAGUUUGACAUUACUCAGACCCUGAUCGAGAAGGGAGCUGACGUGAAUGCCCAUGCCCAGGGGGUCUUCUUCAACCCUAAACGCAAGCAUGAAGGUUUUUACUUUGGUGAAACCCCGCUGGCAUUGGCCGCCUGCACCAACCAGCCGGACAUUGUUCAGCUGCUGAUGGAGAACAGCAAGACAGACAUCACAUCCCAGGAUUCGAGGGGGAACAAUAUAUUGCAUGCCUUGGUGACCGUGGCGGAAGAUUUUAAAACGCAAAACGACUUUGUGAGGACGAUGUACGACAUCAUUCUCUUGAAGAGUAAAAGCCGAGCGUUGGAGAUGAUGAAGAACAAGGACGGGCUGACGCCUUUGCAGCUGGCUGCGAAAACGGGAAAGCUGGAGAUACUGAAAUACAUUUUGGCCAGAGAAAUCAAGGAGAAAGCCCACCGAAGCCUUUCCAGGAAGUUCACCGACUGGGCUUAUGGGCCUGUCCAGUCCUCUCUUUAUGACUUGACAGAGUUAGAUACCACCACGGCCAACUCGGUUCUGGAUAUCAUAGUGUACAACACGAACAUUGGGAACCGCCACGAGAUGCUGGCUCUGGAGCCGCUGCACUCCCUGCUGCGGAUGAAGUGGAAGCACUUUGCCAGACACGUCUUCUUUCUCUCGUGCACCUUAUACUUCAUGUACAACGUGAUCCUGACGCUGGUUUCCUACUACCGGCCUGACGAAGAGAAGCCUCCUCCUUAUCCUUUGGGUUUGACGGACAACCUGGGCUGGCUGCAGUUGUCGGGGCAAGUGAUCGUGAUGCUGGGGGCCACCUUUAUUGCCAUCAAAGAGAGCGUAGCCAUUUUCCUGCUAAGGCCUUCUGAUCUUCAAUCAAUUCUAUCGGAUGGCUGGUUCCAUUUUGCAUUUUUUAUCCAAGCUCUGCUGGUUAUCUUCUCCGUCUGCUUGUACUUGUCCUCUUACAAAGAACAUCUGGCCUGCCUCGUCUUGGCCAUGUCCCUAGGAUGGGCCAACAUGCUCUAUUUCACCAGGGGCUUGCAGUCUAUGGGAAUCUACAGUGUUAUGAUUCAACAGGUCAUCUUGCAUGACGUGAUCAAGUUUCUACUGGUGUACCUUGUAUUCCUGCUUGGAUUUGGCGUAGCCCUUGCUGCAUUGAUCGAUACUUAUCCGGAUGACACGAAGUGCCAUUCCGACAGCAGCCUGGGGACGGUGGUGAUUCAGCUCUUUGAGCUCACCUUGGGGCUGGGCGACUUGGAAAUCCACGACAAGGCCAAAUACCCAGUGCUGUUUCUGCUCCUCCUCAUCUCCUACGUCGUCCUGACCUUUGUCCUGCUCCUCAACAUGUUGAUUGCAUUGAUGGGAGAGACCGUGGAGGAUAUAUCCAAGGAAAGUGAGCAUAUAUGGAGACUCCAGAGAGCCAGGACCAUUGUGGAAACGGAAAAGCUUUUGCCAAAAUGGGUGAGGAGGAAAUUCCAGCUGGGAGAAUGGUGCAAAGUAGCUGACGAUGAUACCAGGUUAUGUUUAAGGAUUAAUGAAGUCAAAUGGACAGAGUGGAAAACCCACGUUUCUUUCAUCAAUGAAGACCCUGGGUCAACAGAUUACAAUCGAAUGCAAGAUGCAUCAAGAAGUAACAGUAAGAUCACUCUGAAUACAUAUGAAGAAAUUGAAGAUUUGCCCGAAACCUCCGUUUAGAGGCUUAU